AUGCCUUUAAAUUUAUCACUUAAAGAGGAACUUGAUUUACGACUACAUGAAAAAAUCUGUGAUGAAUUACAUGUCUUAAAUUUACAACAAGUUGUUGAUUCGCCAACACAUUCUUUUCAAAUAAUAAAUGAUCUACAAAUGCAUUAUAAAGAAGUUUUUGCUAAAGAUCGUACUGAUUUAUCUCUUAUAUUGACUCUUGGAAAAGCUAAUCAAUUAGGACCACCUGCAUUGGAUGCACUCAAAAAAGGUUUACAAGAUCAUCUUCGAAUGCUCAAACAAACAGAAACUAAUACUAAACAACCAAAUGCUGUUUUAGAACAUGAUGCAGCCAAAAGAAGGGCGGAUAAAUUGGCUGAAAUCCUUCGAUAUUCUUUGGAUAAAUCUCAACUCGAAACUUUUGAAAAAAUCAGAGAGGAGUUUCUUGCUUGGUAUUCGCCAGCAACAAUUCUUGCACUGGAUUCAAAUGAUAUAAAACAACUAGAAAAUAUACGUGAAAAAUAUUCCUCGCUUGAUCGAAUUCAAGUUUUUGAAUCGAAUCUUGGUGGUUAUCCAAAGAGUAAACUUAAAUCGUUUUUUGAAUCAAAAAAGGAAGAGCUUUCUCUUUGGAAUAUUUUGGAUGAAAUAUUUACGAUUUGGAAACGUUGUCACAAGACGAUAGAUUUAUUUAUUGCAGAAAAUGGUUCUGAAUUUGUCUGUAAAAAUCUUAAAGAAGCAAUAGAAUCAAAUUGGCAAACAAUUUUGUCUGUUAUCACUACCAUUAUUUCUAAUGCUGAAAGUCCAUUCAUUGCUGCUAAAUCAAUUGGAAAGAUUCUCUAUGACUAUACUGCAAUGAUCGAGGAAGAAGGGGAUUCCUUUAUUCUAUUUCUUUUUUCUGAAUUGGCCAAAUCAAUUUAUGUUAUCAUAAGCGAAGACUAUGGGAAGCAUGUUACUUCAAUUCUUUUAUGUACAAUAAAUAAAAUCACGAUAAGAGCUCUCGACAUCAACACAAUUGGCUCAUGCCUUAUUUGGAAGAUAUUCAGUCAUUUAGCUAUACGUGAAAUAAAUUCUUUUCUUCAAAAUCAGGACAUUUUAAAUAUAAAAACAAAUUCUGUAGAUAUACGAAAAAGGAAAAGUGUACAAGAAAAUACUGAAGAUAAACUUUCUGCCAUUUGUUCUGCAGGAUAUCUCCUUAAUAUGGUUAAAGAUGUCAACGAUUAUAUUAUUCAAGUAACUUCAGAAAGUUUGGGUUCACAAUCAACAGAAAAUCUAAUGCUUAUAACAAAAUAUUCAAUUCUUGACACGUUAACAGUGAAGGUUGUUGAACGUAAAAUAGAAUCAAUAGCAAACACAAUAAUUUACCCUAUGGAAGAUGAAAUGCAAAAAAUGCAUGCUGAAGAAUUAGUAGAUGGUUCAGGCAAUUCGAAAGAUGAUUUAAGCACUUCUUUGCCCAGUUUUAGCGUGUCACCUCAAAAUUAUGUUACUGGAAUUGGACAUGGACUUCUCUCGCAGAUGAAUACUAUAAGUGCUUAUGGAAAUGAUAGAAAUUUUAUUACUGCAAUUAGUUGUGCAGCAUCCAAUGGAAAAACGUCAUUUAAUGUGGAUGAACCGGAUUUUUGGCUUUUGACAGAGGUGGCAACUCUUGUCCAAAAUUCAUUCUGUUCAAAUAUUGCCAACUUUAAGAAACCUUCCUUAAAAUUGAAACGUCAAUUAAAUGCAGACAUUGUUUUUCUUAUGGAUGCCUUGGCAGACCUUCGGCUUUGUCCAACUCCUCAGCUUGCUAAAUUGGCUGAUAAUGCUAAGGAAAAUUAA